AUGACCACUGCGGCAGCCGCCUGCAGCUUGCUGUUGCUGCAGCUGUGCGGUUGCGUCGCCGUCGCGGCGGCUCUGCCCAUGAAGGGCGGCGGCGGCGGCGGCGAGGGCGCCUACUUGAGGUACAAGGACCCGAAGCAGCCGCUGAACACGCGGAUCGACGACCUGCUGCGGCGGAUGACGCUGGCGGAGAAGAUCGGGCAGAUGUCGCAGAUCGAGCGGGAAAACGCCACCGCCGACGUCGUCAACAAGUACCUCAUAGGCAGCGUGCUCAGCGGCGGCGGCAGCGUGCCGGCGAAGAACGCGCCGCCGCAGGCGUGGGUGAAGAUGGUGAACGGGAUGCAGAGCGGCGCACUGUCGACGCGCCUCGGGAUCCCCAUCAUCUACGGCAUCGACGCCGUCCACGGCCACGGCAACGUCUACAAGGCCACCAUCUUCCCACACAACAUCGGACUCGGCUGCACCAGGGACCCAGAGCUAGCACAGAGGAUUGGAGCUGCUGUAGCUCUGGAGGUCAGGGCCACCGGCAUCCCCUACGUCUUCGCUCCUUGCGUCGCGGGCGAGAUCCCGGCGAGCGGCGGCCGCCCCGGCGCGCCAUACAUCGCUGGACAGCGCAACGUGGCGGCGUGCUCCAAGCACUACGUCGGCGACGGCGGCACCACCAAGGGCGUGAACGAGGGCAACACGGUGGCGUCCUUCCACGAGCUGAUGGCCGUGCACAUGCCGCCCUACUACAACGCCGUCAUCCGGGGCGUCUCCACCGUCAUGGUCUCCUUCUCCAGCUGGAACGGCGUCAAGAUGCACGCCAACCACUUCCUCGUCACCGACCACCUCAAGAACAGGCUCCGCUUUAGGGGCUUCAUCAUCUCGGAUUGGCAAGGGCUUGACAGGAUCACGACCCCAGAUCACGCUGACUACCUUCUGUCCAUCAAGCUGGGCAUCCUCGCCGGAAUUGACAUGGUGAUGAUUCCCUACACGUACACGGAGUUCAUCGACGACCUCACGUUGCUGGUGCAGAACGGCACCAUCCCGAUGAGCCGCAUCGACGACGCCGUCCGCCGCAUCCUUCGGGUCAAAUUCACCAUGGGUCUCUUCGAGAACCCCUACGCCGACACCAGCCUCGUCGGGGAGCUCGGCAAGCAGGAGCACCGCGACCUGGCACGCGAGGCCGUGCGCAAGUCCCUCGUCCUUCUCAAGAACGGCAAGCCCGGCGCCAAGCCGCUGCUGCCGCUGCCCAAGAAGCUCUCCUAUGGCGUCAGGGUCCUGGUCGCCGGCAGCCACGCUGACGAUCUCGGCAGCCAGUGCGGCGGCUGGACCAUCACCUGGCAGGGCCUCACGGGGAACAACCUCACCGCCGGGACCACCAUCCUCGAUGGCAUCCUGCGCGCCGUCGGCCCCGGCACCGACGUCGUCUACUCCAAGAACCCCGACGCGGACUUCGUCCAGCAGAACAAGCCCCUGUUCGACUACGCCAUCGUCGUCGUCGGCGAGCCUCCCUACGCCGAGACGUUCGGCGACAAUCUGAACCUGACCAUCCCUGCCCCCGGGCCGGACAUCAUCCAGAAUGUUUGUGGCAGCAUCAGGUGCGUCGUGGUACUCGUCUCCGGCCGGCCACUGGUGGUUGAGCCGUUCAUCGAUAUCAUCGACGCACUGGUGGCGGCGUGGCUGCCGGGGACGGAGGGGCAGGGCGUCAGCGACGUGCUGUUCGGCGACUACGGGUUCACGGGGAAGCUCUCGAGGACGUGGUUCCGCUCGGUGGAUCAGCUGCCAAUGAACGUCGGUGACGCGCCCUACGAUCCAUUGUUCCCGUUUGGCUUCGGCCUCCAGACACAGCCGUCCACAUAUUAG